AUGGAUGCGUUGAAAGAUAUAAAUGAUACCGUCUUCUUUGCUUUAAGUUCUUAUCUCAUCGCACUGCAACUCUCUUCUCGCAAAGCACCACACAAAUCAUCUCGCAAGGCAACCCCCACCCCCUGCUCUUUCAACCCGGUUUCAUACUUUCAGGCCGUCAAAAAGAUGCAGCUCCUCAGUGUUAUGGUCUUGGCUUCGAUGGGCUUCCUCGGGGUCUCAGCUACACCUGCCCCGGUGAUCCACGAUGAACGCGACACGGCCAUGACCGAAAUUUCAAUCAAAGCAUUCUCUGGCACGGGCUGCCCUACAACGGGCGAUCAGUCCAGUUACACAUUCUCAUUUGGCAGUUCUAGUAAUAACAAGAACCUUUGUAUUUGGGAUACUUAUGGCAACUCCUUUCAGGUGGCUGGUACGCCCCCUGUAGGCUGCACAGUCACUACGUGGCCCGGAAUGAACUGCGGAGGAGACGACGCCCGAAAGUUCGCAGCCUCCGAUGCCACUGGAACUUGUUCCACGACCCCCAGUACGAAGAAGUUGCCUAAUAAUGGAAAUAUUUCAUAUGGAUCUUUACAGGUCGCCUGCACCUGA